UUCGUCGCGGCAAGGCCGUGAGUUCCAAAAUGCCGGGUCUUCACACACCCACUCUAUGCCAUAACCAGUGUGGAAGUGAUCACUUGCCUUAGCGACAUGUAGGAUCUCAAUCUAGUCAAAAGAGCGCUUUGCCGCGUGUUCAUUUCUUUUUCGCUCUGACAGCCAGCCAUCAUGUCUCUACCCGUCCUGUGCGUUCUGGCGUACUUUGGGUUUCUCGUCGCACGUGUCUUUUACCGCCUAUAUUUCCACCCACUAUCGCGCUUUCCUGGACCGAAGAUAGCGGCUGUUUCAAGCUGGUACGAGGCCUAUUACGAGAUAGUGUUGAAAGGGCAGUACUCUAGACAGAUUUCCAAGCUACACGACGAGUAUGGACCUAUCGUACGAGUGACGCCUGAUGAGUUACACAUACGAGAUCCUUCUUUUUACGAACAAGUCUACGCCAAGAACCUCCAUCUUGACAAGGAAGGAUGGGACAAAAGGUUUGGCUGUGCGGGCGGCCUGCUUCCCACUGUCAAUGCCGAGCAACACAAGCGACGCCGUGCAGCCGUGGCUCAUAUGUUCUCACGUCGCUCAAUUCUUGACUUCAUUCACAUCAUUUAUCGCCAUGUCGACACUCUUUCUGUGCGGAUGCAAGAGUUUGAGGGUUCUGCAGAGCCGCUCAAUCUUUCUCAUGCCUUUCCCGCCCUGACCGGCGACAUCAUCAUGGACUACUUCUUCGGCUUCAACUACAAUCAACUCAAACACCCCAACUUUGAGUCCUUUCAUGACGCUUUCAUCAAGAUUGGCGGCGUAGGACACGUCGCUACACAAUUUCCCAUGAUACUUCCGGUCAUGAAUAGUAUUCCUGAUCGAAUCACCGCUUGGCUCCAGCCAGCAGCAAAGUCAAUACUCAAGUUUAAGCAGGAUAACUGGCAUCUCAUUGCGCGAACUCUCGAAGGCGAAGAAAUAAAAUCCAACGACGCAAAGAAAACUAUAUUCCAGGAGAUCCUCAGCUCCAAGCUCCCAGCUUCAGAUAAAACACACAAACGUCUUGCAGAUGAGGCGCAAAUCAUCAUCGGUGGCGGCGUCGAAACAACCGCCUUCUCGCUUUCCACAGCAGCUUUCCACAUCAUCAACACCCCACGUAUCUACGAGCGCUUGCAUAGAGAGCUCGUCGAAGCCUUCCCCAACCGAGAUGUACUGGAACUGGGUCCGCUAGAGAAGAUGCCCUAUUUCAAAGCCAUCAUCAUGGAGACAGCGCGAAUGUCGUACGGACUAAGUGCAAGGAAUCCUAGGACACACAAGACACCCUUGAAGUAUGGACAGUGGGUAAUCCCCGCAAAUACCUGCAUCUCCAUGACUAUUCCUGACGUCUCGCACGAUGAAACGAUUUUCCCUUCUUCUCACGAAUUCAUCCCGGAGCGCUGGCUCGAUGAUCCCAAGACACCCGAGGGUAUUCCUUUGGAGCGCUUCAUGGUCUCGUUCGGGAGAGGAACCAGAUCUUGUUUGGGCAUCAACUUGGCUUACAUCGAAUUGUACCUCACGUUGGGCAUGAUGUUCAGGCGAUACAAGUUUGAGCUACAUGAGAGCGAUGUCGAGGAUGUUACACUGGCGCAUGACUUCUUCAUUCCCGUGGCAAAGCUGGACAGCAAAGGGUUGAGGGUUUUGGUCAAGAGAACGGGAGACUGAAGUGUUGAUUGGUGCUUAUGGGUUGAAUUGCGUCCCAAAUUUUUGCUAUUUGGAGCGGCAACAAGGUUUGAUGAUAUAUACCAUCAUUUGAACCUUGAGAAUACCUUGCAUUCCUGCCAUAUGCCGUGAGGAACAUGAGAUGCUUACAUAGAUUCUACUCUAAUCACAUCAACAAUCCACCGCCAUCCGUUCUCACCAUAAAUCCAUCGGCGUUGUAGUCUC